AUGUUGGAUCGACUUGGCGUCUUCAUCAGCUGUGCGAUUCCCUCCUUGCUAUUCUAUAUCCUCACGCGACGACCCGACGCCAACCCGAGUAAUGUCAUUCUAUCAGCGAUUGUGGUCCUUCAACUCUUGAUUCCCCUUGCUUUCAAUGGCGGUGGCGAGAUGCUGGAUAUGGCUGUGGUUGCUUUCUUUUCAUGCUAUGCGAGCUUUGGCAUGGUCCGCUAUAUGGCAGAUGAUGAACAACGUGUGGAGCCAUUUUACAAGGUGCUUGGACGAUGGAACGAUAGAAAAAAGGAAGGAGAACAAUCACAAGUACGCCACAACAAGGAGAUCCCAGCGAUACGGAAGGAUGCAAUAGGAUGGUUGAGCCAUGCAUUAUUGAUCGUCAUUGUAUCAGUGCCCAUAAUGGCUUUUUUGGAUGGAUUUUUGCGCAUGUGUAUCGAGCCAUUGGAUGUUCCUUACAUGACAUUACUUUUAACGGCACCCCAUCAAAUCCCGCCAAAGACGCUCAUUUACUACACCAUUGCCGGCACAGCUUUUCUUAUGCAUGUCGUAUUCGUCCCCUCUUUUAUUCAACUUGGUUACAGCAUUGAAUUGCUUAUCAGAUCAGUGAUGGGUUCUCAAGAGACGUUAAGGAAGCGAUAUGACGUGGUACACGCCUAUGUGCAUAGCCCGCCCCUGUUUGAUCGACCUUGGCUCUCCACAUCAAUCCAUGAACUUUGGUCAAGACGAUGGCAUCAAAUUCUACGAUGGGCAUUUGAAGAUAUUGUAUAUACACCGAUUUGUCAAGCAUUUCCACAAUACCCUGAUCUUGGACGUAUCCUGGGCACCAUGGCUGUAUUUGCUAUCUCGGGAUUCCUGCACGACUAUCUCCUCAUGGCCAUGUUUGGUUACCAAGAAUACAUGAAUCAACCCGGCAUUGCUGGUUUCCAGACACUCUUUUUCUUAUUACAAGGCAUGGCUACGCUCAUUUCAAGAAGAUCAUCCAUUGGAUUGCCCAUAUGGCUUGCACGAACCCUUACGUAUCUAUACAUUUUAUAUACUGCUCCCCUCUUUAUUGAACCUUUCUUGCAUAUUGGACUACAUCGAGAUGCCGAAAUGCCUGGAUACCCUCGUUUCUUUGACCCUCACAUGGAUAGUGUAUGUCCUUAUGGAUCAAGACCAUUUGUAUAA